CAAAGUCGAAAAGCACCUCCACUUCCACUGCGCGCAGCUCACUAUACCCAGUCCCCACCCCCGUCUUUCCGCUCGCUGGGGCGCGCACAUGCCACCCAACAGCAUUGUUGAGCAUUAUUGUGCCGUGCCCUCGCAAAGCGGCGCAAGCCAACAAAGGGCGAGCGAGGGCGCCACGCGCACACUCCACUAGCGAGCGAGCGAGCGAGGGAGGAGUACGAUGCCGCAGCAGCAACCACCCCUCCCUCUCCCGCCGCGCAUGCGCCCGCCGACGGACCGCGAGGCUGCCGCGGCCGGCCCGCCUCCUCCGCGGCAGCGCCUGGGCCAGGCGCCGAGGCCGUUCCGCGCGGCGGAGGAGCCCACGGCCCGCGGGCCUCCCGUCGCCGACAGGGCCAGGCCGCCGGAGCCGCGGCCCCGCCCGAGACUCGCGGAGGAGGGCCGCGCGUCUCACGAGGCUCUCCUCGCCAACGUCGCCAGGCCGGCGGGGAAGCCGGAGGGCCGCGCCGCUCGGGAGGCUCCCAUCGUCCCCGUGGCCAAGCCGCUGGAGCAGCUUCACGGAGCGCCGGAGGGCCGCGCGGCCCGGGAGGCUCCCGUCGUCCUCGUGGCCAGGCAGCCGGAGAAGCUGCACGUUGCGGCGGAGGAGCGCAAGACUCCUCGGGAGGCUCCCGUCGCCCCCGUGGCCAGGUCGCCGGAGCAGCUGUAUGGCUCGCCGGAGGGACGCGCGGCUCGGGAGGCCCCCGUCGCCACCGUGGCUAGGCCUCCGGAGCCGCGGCCGGGGCCGUACUACGUGCCGGGGGGCGGCGCGGCGGCGGCUCCCGUCGCAACCACCGACAGGCCGCCGGAGCCGAGCCCGUGGCCGUACCCGUACUACUACGAGCCAGAGCGCCCCCCGCGGCGCCGCACCUCCGCCGUGGCGUCCUGCCUUAUGGCGGCGGCCUUCCUCCUGUUCGCGGCCGGCGGGGCAGCGACGGCGCUGUUCCUCCUCUUCCGGCCGCAGCCGCCCGAGAUCGCCGUCGCGGCGGUGCGGCUGCCGUCCUUCGCGGCCGCCAACGGCACGGUGGCCUUCACGUUCGAGCAGGUGGCCUCCGUGCGCAACCCCAACCGCGCGCCGCUCGCGCACUUCGACAGCUCGCUCCGCGUCGCCUACGCCGGCGGCGAGAUCGGCUCCAUCUACAUCCCCGCGGGCCUCAUCGACAGCGGCAGCACCAAGCACUGGUCCACCACCUUCGCCGUGCCGGCCUUCCCCGCGGCCACCCCGCCGCCGCUGGACACGUCCGCGCAGCAGCCGGCGGCUGCGGCUGUCAUGAUGGAGGUGGACUCGCUGCUGGUGGUGAAGGGCAAGGUGAUGGUGCUGCGGGUGCUGACGCACCGGGUGCAGGCGUCCAAGGUGUGCCGCGUCGGCGUCUCGCCGAUCGACGGCAGGGUGCUUGGCUUCCGGUGCUGACCCGCACAGCCACUGCUAGCUCGGGGUUUGGGGGUUCAACUGUAAGAAAUUAUUAAGGCAGGAUUUUACAGGAAACAAAGGCAAUUUCAACUAGAAUCAUCCGAAAUUGCCAACUAGAAUCGUGUGAAUUUUCCGUGUCAAAACAUUUCAACGAACAAGUUUGGUAAAUUGGAAAUGAAGGCAUGGCCUGUUCUUCA